GUUGACGGAAAAGUUUAUCACUGACUGUGAUUCGUGUUUGUAAAUGGCUUGUUUUGGGGGGAAAUUUUAAAAAUUUCUUCGCAUAAUUUGCAAAAAAAUGGUUUUUAUCUACUCUGCUUGCUAGCUAAUCUAGGUCGCGAAGUUCCAGGUAGUAGGUCUCGAAGUGCAGGAGAUUAAACAUCAGUUCAAACCUGCUUCAAAGCUGUUCAGGAACAGCUUGUUUACGUUGUCAUCGGAUUAGGGAUAUUUCGCUGCCGUAAUACCCCCAGAAUGGAUAAUUGUCAUAAUUAUGCUACGACUUCGAAAAAACGAAGGAUGCCGAUCUCAGACGAUAUUCACAUUAUUAUCAAGAAAUACCGAGACAAAGAUAAACAUGAUGAAAAGCCUUCGACAUCAGGUGACCAUGAUUACGACGACGAACACAGUAUGGACUCUGAGGAGCUCAAGCGAAUCCGACAGCAAGAGCCCUCCUCUUCUUGUGUGGUGGCUAGCACUUCCAGCAUCAACAGUGGGACGCUGGGAACAACGAACACAAACAUUGGCACUGGUAUUACUAUCGGAGCUAGUGGAUGCAUGACAGUUCAGCAGCAGCCUGUUUCAUCGCAACCCGACGACAUCAAACUGAUUCUGAAAAAGUUGACCAACAUCGAAGAGUUGCUGAAGGUAGUCGCGGAACAGAGCUUCAACCGGUUGGCGGCUUUGAAGCAAGAAGCAACUGGACCAGGUGCAGCUGCUGCUAACCUUGGUUUGAUUGCCGCUGAACCAAGCUGCAUGAAUGUGGAGUCCAUGUUUAGGUUUCCACUGAGGACGCUGAAGGAGCUAAUCGAACUGAACAAAGGCAUCUGCAGCGAUGAAAGCCUUUAUAACAAGUUAUUUGAGUAUCUCACCAAAAUUAAGCUGGAAUGUGAUGAAAAUAUCGUGAUGAAUGCACUUGGUUCGAUAGUUAGCGAUGAGGUACUCGAUGCAGUAUCCUGGGAUGGUGGGAAAAAGUUCAAAUUAUCUUCGCUCGUGAUUUUUAGCGAUUCUCUGUACGUGGCCUGGUUCAAGGAUCGGCUCAAAUAUGAUGAAUACGUAACGGAAAUGAAGGACGCAAUCGAGAAGUCUCACAAGCGUUACGCAAAAACAAAAGCGAAAAAAUCUACCCUCUCGCAGCAAUCACAGCCGCAUCAAACGCUCACACUGACAACGGCCAGUGGAACCACAACGGCCACGGUUGUCACCGACGGUGGCCAGCUGUUUUUGUCGUAGUCAUCCUUUUACUCAGUCAAGGUAGGUCGUUUUUUCCACUGAUUGUUCCGUUUAUUUUUUUUAUUUGUUCUGCAUUCAAACGCUGAGUCACUAUCAAUGCACUAUCUUCUUGAUUAUUGUCAGUUUGUACGUUAAAUUGAUAUACAACUUACGCAUAUGCACUUUACGUUGAGAAAAGAGCCGAGCAGAAGUAGGGAAGCAAAAGUAGAUUUUACUGACAGUAACGUUGAAAAUACGAAAACGGAGUUGCUAAAUAACAAACUUUAUAGUCAAGUGUGAUCGAUUACAUAAAAUAACAAAAAAAAUGUACUAAUGGUUUUGAAAACUUGAUAAGACAAGACAACAAAAAAAUGAACAAAACUUA